CAAAAAGUCCCGUCCUGUUCCUGAACUGCAAGCAUACCGGAUGGUUAGCUGAAGAAGGCCUUGCUGUUUGUGGUGGCAGGGGCGACCUCGAACUGGGUAUAGGGUCUCCGGAGUUGGGAGUUUCAGUGUGGUCUUCCACGUCGUUGUUUUAAUCAGACGCGCUUCACCGCGCGGAUCUUUGGCUCGUUAGUGACACAAGUUCCAACAAGACACGGAUAUCCCAGGACUUUCAACACCGCGGAGUUGUCAGAAAGUCCCCGCCACGUAAACACUUCCACGCACCCAUCCUGUGCACACUAUCGCGUUGUGCGGAAAGCAAACAUGUGUAUUUUUCGGGGCUUUUCUCCGAAACUCUUCGAACGAAUUGCGUAGGCAGUCUGUGUGUGAGUGUGUCGGAGACCUCAAGGUGGGCAGCAUUUCAGAAACAGACCUCAAGGAAUGCCAGGUAUUCAGAGAACAGAGACUAUCCUGUGCAAUUGAGUUGCAACUCAGAUGCACCGAUCGAACAGUUCCUUCUCGUACGUUUGUACUUUUAUGCGUCGUCUGUGCAUCUGUUUUCUAAAUUUUUCACAAGCCGCAUGUCACAAAACGGCUACGUCAGCUCGUGCCCCCCCGCGUGGACGCCCAUGUGUCGGGGUGAAGUGUGCAUCGUCGUCUCCGGAAUUGCCGGCCCGUGUUUAUUCGCUUUUCAAGUCUUUUUAUGAGUCUGAAGUUCUGCCACAAACGUUUAGCAACGCUGUUGCUGAAACUCCCGUCGAAAGAAAUCCUUUGAGCACUCCAGAAAGCACGACGCCCCGUUCCCGUCCCUGUCUUCCUCGACUUCCGUCUCUCUCGUUGCACACACACACACCGACGUGUGUCUCCACGCGUUUGUCUCCUUUUCUUCCAGACAGUUUCUGUUGUAUGUUCUUCUCCUUCGCGAUUCGCGGCAGUGUGUAGAUAAAGUGACGGCGAAGCAAGGCGAGUUGCGUUUGGAAGUCGUGCCUUUUUCGUCGGUGAAAAAAGUCGUGUCUCCAUCAUGCAGACGCUUUCGCUGUCUCUCGUUCUGCUUGUGGUCCUCUCGACUUCUCAAGAACUGCUCGUAGCCGAGAGCUUCAAAGUCAGUCCCGGAGGAGGAUUUUCAGUUACUGCCUCUCAGAGUUUUUCCGGGAAUUUCCGCGGAAGACAGGCAAUCGCUCACAUCCAGGAAAACCACGCCGCCGGGCCUGGGUACCGCCGGGCAUCCUCGUCGCUGUCGGUGAGCUUCCCUGACCUCUCUUCCACCUCGAAGGAAGAACUGUCUUUCCAGACCUCUUCUAUGGGACCUCUUCAAGCCGCCUCUGCCCCAAGCGAAACGACAGAAGAAGACGAAACGACGAAAGAGGCGGCAGGUUCGGCGGUCACUCGGAAAGACCUCGUCGCGUCAGUCGCCGCGGAGUUGCAGGUGCCGCGAGCAGAGGUGGAGAAAACUGUCAGUGCGUUUCUUCGUCACAUUUCCGCGAGUCUGGAACAGGGCCAGAAAGUUUCGCUGUCAAAGUUCGGGAGUCUCGGCUUGCGGCGUCGCGGCGAGAGAGUGGCGCGGAACCCACGCACGGGAGAGCAGCUCACUGUUCCCGCAACCACUUUCCCGACCUUCAGUUUCUCGAAAGUUCUGAAGGACAAAGUCCGAGAAGUUAUUCCUGCUCACGAAGCCGACGAAGAAGACGCUGACGAGACCAAGAAAAAAGGCCUCUUUGGCUGGAACUAGCAUGUGACAGAAGCAAGUACACCGUGCGGAUGUCGAGUUCUGUCGAAAUUUGUAACAAACUGCAGGAGCCAAAAACGAAGUGAGCUUUCUGCGCGUUUAGAAAGUGUGUGAAACAACCGGAGAGUCCGUGGCGGCGAGGUUGAGGUGGAAAGCGACGGGCUCGCAGCUCGACAACUCCCCGUUCACGCUGGCAAAAGUCGAAUCGAAGAGACAGAGAGAACUUCGUACAGCUAGGGUGCGAACGGUGAGUCCUGUCAGUCACGACAUUUGCGAACAACAAAGAAAUCCUAGAAGUGGACUUCUAGGCCUCUAGGCCCGUAGAGAAACGCUUUGUCGGGUUCCGUUCGCCGCAGUCGAGUUGCCGAAAUCGGCGUGUGGCUGUUCGACGUAAAGUAUGUUUUGUGUAGAGAAGGGAAAAAGAGGAGGAUCGAGAACUUUUCAACGUGUUUGUGCACAGCUGAAUCACGCGCGAAACGAAAGGAGACUGCUGUGCAUAUGUGGAUGAGGUGUCUUCUUUCGUCGGCGCGAGUCGCGACAAACAGACCGACCUGUGCAACGUGGAAAGACCUUUCUUGGCAGUCCAAGACUUGAUCUUGCAUGCGUUCUUAAACCUUUUCUUCUGAUC